GUGGAUUUAUACGUUAUUGAAGGAAACAAAUAAAAAAAAUAAAAACCGGAACCUUGAAGGUAGCGUUUGUGUUAUUUUAGGAUCGAGGGAAGAUAAUCAAACAACAGUUGGUAACCUUGGUAUAGUGAGCUAUGGCUAUGGCGAACGGUUUCACUCCCGUCAGCAAUGGAGUACCCGAUGAAGAAUCGAUUACGGCGCCGCUCCUCCACCUCCGCCGCUCCACCUCCAACAACACCUCUCAGAUUGCUAUCGUCGGAUCCAAUCCUUGCCCUAUCGAAAGUCUUGACUACGAGAUCAUGGAGAAUGAUGUCUUCAAGCAAGAUUGGAGAAGCAGAACCAUUGAGAACAUUGCUGGUAUCAAGUUUGUAGUCACCUCCAACAGGAUGCUGGAAAACAAGUAUGCAGAAGCAUAUCUCAUAUUUGCAGCUGCAAAUUUAGGUCUUACUUUGUUUGCUGUUACAAUAACAGCUUUUAUAGCACCAGAAACUGCUGGAUCAGGUAUCCCUGAAGUUAAGGCUUACUUAAAUGGUGUUGAUGCUCCUGCCAUAUUCUCAUUUAGAACAUUACUAGUAAAGAUUGUUGGAAGCAUAGCUGCUGUGUCAUCAUCUCUUAAUGUUGGGAAGGCGGGGCCCAUGGUACACACGGGUGCAUGCAUUGCAGCUUUAACAUGUCAGGGUGGAUCAAAGAAAUAUUGGUUGACAUGGAGAUGGUUUAGAUUUUUUAAUAAUGAUAGAGACAAACGUGAUCUUGUAACUUGUGGAUCAGCUGCUGGAAUUGCUGCUGCUUUUCGUGCCCCUGUUGGUGGUGUACUUUUCGCUCUUGAAGAAAUGGCAUCUUGGUGGAGAAGUGCUCUUUUAUGGAGAGCUUUUUUCGCAACUGCAAUCGUUGCAAUUUUGCUUCGUGGUUUGACCGAUUUAUGCUUGAGUGGAAAAUGUGGACUUUUUGGCACUGGAGGUUUAAUAAUAUAUGAUGUCACCUCAGCAAAUAUAUCCUAUCACUUAAGAGACGUUCCUCCUGUUCUUCUUCUUGGAGUCAUCGGUGGCAUUGCAGGAAGUAUAUACAAUUGUCUUUUGGGUAAAGUUCUCCGACUUUACAAUCUAAUCAACGAAAAAGGCACGAUUUACAAAAUCCUCCUCGCAUGCACAGUCUCUAUUGUAACCUCCUGCCUCUUAUUCGGCCUCCCAUGGAUCGCCCCCUGCCACCCAUGUCCACCUGGCGCAACCGAACCCUGCCCCACCAUCGGCCGCUCGGGCAACUACAAAAAAUUCCAAUGUCCACCUGGCCACUACAACGAGCUCGCAAGCCUCUUCUUCAACACAAACGACGACGCCAUCAAAAACCUUUUUAGCAAAGACACAGACACCGAAUUCCACCCUUUAUCAAUCCUCAUCUUCUUCAUCACAUGUUUUUUCCUCAGUAUCUUCAGCUACGGAAUCGUGGCCCCCGUCGGCCUCUUCAUUCCCGUUAUAGUAACCGGCGCGUCUUACGGUCGGUUAGUCGGGCUACUCAUCGGGUCCACCUCAAAUCUCAACCACGGCUUGUUUGCAGUGUUGGGCGCCGCUUCACUCCUCGGAGGGACCAUGAGAAUGACAGUGUCAUUAUGCGUUAUACUUCUCGAACUCACAAAUAACUUACUAUUACUCCCACUUAUCAUGCUUGUUCUUCUCAUUUCAAAAACGGUAGCCGACGCGUUCAAUGGAAACGUAUACGACCAAAUCAUGAGCUUCAAAGGCUUUCCGUAUUUAGAAACUCACGCGGAGCCCUACAUGCGACAGUUAACGGUUAGCGACGUGGUAGCGGGCCCGCUUCGCGUGUUCAACGGGAUCGAGCUCGUGGGGAAUAUUGUCCAUGUGUUAAGGACGACCGGGCAUAACGGGUUCCCGGUUGUGGACGAGCCGCCGUAUUCCGACGCCCCGGUUUUAUACGGUUUGAUUUUGCGGUCACAUGUUAUUACUUUGUUGAAGAAGAAAUGUUUUUUGGAGAGUCCAAGGUUGGAUGUGGAUGCGGUUGAUCGGUUUUCGGCUAGUGAUUUUGCAAAACAAGGGUUGGGGAAUCAGGAUAAGAUUGAGGAGAUUGAGUUGAGUGAAGAGGAGAUGGAAAUGUAUGUUGAUUUGCAUCCUUUUACAAAUGCUUCGCCUUAUACGGUUGUGGAGACUAUGUCGUUGGCUAAAGCGCUUACGCUUUUUAGAGGUGUUGGUUUGAGACACUUGCUUGUGGUUCCCAAGACUUCGGAGAGACUUCCGGUAGUUGGAAUAUUAACAAGACAUGAUUUCAUGCCACAACAUAUACUUGGUUUACACCCAAUGUUGGAAAGAAGUAAAUGGAAAAGAUUAAGAUUCAAGUUCCCGCUUUGGAACAAAAUCUUUUAAAGUCAAAUUAAACAUUUCAUCUCAUAUCUCAUAUCUGUAACAAAGCUUCCUUACAGUUUUCCUAGCCAUUGAAUCGGGUAACUCCAUGACUCCUUCAAUCUAGUAUAGUAUAUAUGAGAACUUGUUUUUUUUUUUUUUUUUUCAACG